AGUUCACGAAGAAGGCUAUAUAAUACUUCCGAAAAUGUCAAAUUACGUUUUAAAGUCAGAAAUCGACACUACGUUCCCCAUUUCUAACGUUCAACAAAAUGUUGCUCAAUACAUUUUGGAAAAAGUAGAUUAUUUUGUCAAACGUGGAGGUGGCGAUCUGCCGUGUGUAGGUGAUUCCACCACUGAUGAAGUCUUCAAAUACAAAGACCUGGAGCCAUUGUCUCGCCGAGUCGCAACUUGGCUUAUCACGAAGGGCUUCCGUCAUGGAGACACUGUACUCUACUCUUCUCACGACGGAUCAAAACUGCACAUUUUUCUACUUGCAGUUUGGCGAGUUGGUGGAAUAGCAAGGGCAUCUUAUCCCGAAGAUUAUGGUGGUAGGUUGGCACACGUCAACUAAAAUCUCAGUUUGCAUGUACGCAUCCUAGAAAAAUGGUUUGAUUUUAUUUAAAAUUGCAGAUGAACUGGUUGAGAGAAUUAAGGAAUCUCAUGUCAAAUGGAUUUUAUGUGAUGAGCCAUACGUGACAAAUAACCUGGAGGCAGUGAGAGAAAUACCAUGGGAUGUUCAUGUCAUUGUUGCUGGACUGAGCAAUUCCAACAACAAUUCAACGGUCCCAUUGCAUGAGUGCUUUUCAUUGUGUGACAUAUUCCAGAUCGAGGCUGAGGAUGCGAAAGCCGCUGGACACAAAUCACUGCUGAUGAGUACCGUUACGGCCACCAUGAAUGACAUUGCGCUCAUCCUUCAAACUAGUGGAACGACGGGAAAGAGCAAAGGGGCCGUUUACACGCAUGAUCGCCUCUUGAAAAAUAUUGUAAUUUUCCAGCAAAUUCCUUUCACUGAUGAGCCACGAGACCCAUUUUUACUCACAUCACGAUUAACACAUUUUACAGGAAGUGUAAUUCCACUUGCAUUUUUUGCAGCAAAUCGCAGGAUCCUUAUCAGCCCAAAGCCUACCGUGAACAAUAUUUUGGGAGACAUUAUCAUGCACAAGGCACGGUUAUUAUUUAGAGCAACUGAAUUGUAAGCUUUUCUGGAAAUCUAAAUAGACAUUUGUAAAUUUUAGGUCAGAGGGUUGCUCGCAUUUCCAAAGUUCCUUCUGGCACUUGCCACUGAGACAGAGACGAAGAAUCAUGACAUGAGUUCAUUGAAGUACGCUGUCACCGCAGGGCAAGUGGUUGGACCUUCGUUCGUGAGAUCCGUGCGAGCAAUUUCUUCCCUGACCUCAUUGUACGUAAUUUAUGGGAUGACGGAAAUUGGACUCAUAUCUGUGAAUGCAGACUGGAGCGCUUUGCAUCAGCACAAUGUGCACAGAGCACUGAAUGAAUUUCCGGCCUUUAGUUGUGGAAAACUAGCUCCUGGGAAUGAGCUGCGAGUGAAGGAUAUUGACACUGGGGUAGACCUAGGCCCAGGAAAAAUUGGCGAAUUCUAUUUUCGGUCUCCAUAUGCGUUUGCUGGAUAUUUUAGAAAUUCACUAGAGGUAACAAAGGAUAGUUUCCACAAUGAUUGGAUUCCCACUGGUGAUGUAGGAUUUUAUGACGAAGAAGGUUUUAUUUACAUCAAGGAUCGGAUAAAGGAGAUCUUCAAAUACUUCAAUAAUCACAUUUGUCCGAGUGAGCUUGAAAAUGUUCUGCUCAGGCACCCAAAUGUUGCUCAAGCUUGCGUUGUGGGAGUGCCCGAUCCUGAAGGCGGAGACAUGAUACCCAGAGGCUUCAUAGUUCCUAAAAACAUGCAAGAUGUCAAUUGUACCGCAGAAGAAAUCGUCGAGUUUGCAAAUAGGCAAUUACCAAAUUAUAAGCAUUUUCGUGGAGGUGCCUACUUUGUCAAGCAACUUCCUCACGGGAAAACAGGAAAGACUUCUCGACAACUCGUGCAGCAAUUACAAGUUUAUUAAUUGUUAAUUAUAUUUAUUUAUGUAGUGGGUAUUUAGUAUUUAGACCACUUUUUUGCAUAAUUGACGUUGGAUACUAGCAAAGUAAGAAGUAGAUACCUAAAUGUUUUAAUGAUAAGGCGCAAAAACUGUAUGUACAUUGAAUAGUAUUGAAAAAUUUGCUAUAUAAACUGCAACAUAGAAG